GGCCUCCCUGUCUCUGAGGCCAGGCAGGCCCUCUCCUCCUGGGCCAGCUGGCGGGUCAUCUCCAGGCCUUUCCAGAGGCCAGCAGGGGUUGGGGACACGGUCCUGGACCCUGGCUGGGUGCCCUUCCGGGAGCCGUCACCCCCCCCAGCAGGCAGGGGCCUCUCGGGGGAGGCGGUAUUUGGAUGCUGGUGGUGUCAAAGGUCACUGGGGGCGGGACGGGAGUGGGAAGAUACUCUGGUGGCCUUCCUCCGGAGCAGACGAAAGGAGAGUGUUUCCAGGCGGCGCCCAGCGUGGGGGAGCAGCUGUGGUUUCAGGGCGUUCCCGCGGAGUGGCGGCUGUGAUUUGAGGAGCCGUGAAUGCAGAAUGCUGGGCUCAGCCCCACUCCGAGCCUCCGGGCUCUGGGGGGCCUGUCCGUGGCGGCCCUUCUCUCUGCUGUCUGGCUCUGGUGGCGGCUCGGGGCGGCCCCCGGGGGAGCCCCGGCCCCACAGCCUACGAUCACCAUCCUCGUCUGGCACUGGCCAUUUGCCAGCCAUCCCCCAGAGCUGCCUGGGGACACCUGCGCCAGGUACGGGGUGGCCCGCUGCCGCCUGACCGCCAACCGCAGCCUGCUGGCCAGCGCCGACGCCGUGGUCUUCCACCACCGAGAGCUGCAGGCCCAGCGGGCCCGCCUGCCCCUGGCUGAGCGGCCGCGGGGCCAGCCCUGGGUGUGGGCCUCCAUGGAGUCGCCCAGCCACACCCGCGGCCUCGGCCGCCUCCGAGGGGUCUUCAACUGGGUGCUGAGCUACCGGCGUGACUCGGACAUCUUCGUGCCCUACGGCCGCCUGGAGCCCCGUGAGGGGCCUGCACCUCCUCUGCCGGCCAAGCGUGGGAUGGCCGCAUGGGUGGUCAGCAACUUCCAGAAGCGGCAGCGGCGCGUGCAGCUGUACCGGCAGCUGGCGCCGCACCUGCGGGUGGACGUGUUCGGCCGCGCGGCUGGGCAGCCCCUGUGUGCUGGUUGCCUGCUGCGCGCCGUGGCCAGCUACCGCUUCUACCUGGCCUUCGAGAACUCCGAGCACCGGGACUACAUAACCGAGAAGUUCUGGCGCAACGCGCUGCUGGCCGGCGCCGUGCCCGUGGCCUUGGGCCCCCCGAGGGCCGCCUACGAGGCCGUCGCCCCGCCCGACGCCUUCGUGCAUGUAGACGACUUUGGCUCGGCCCGCGAGCUGGCCGCCUUCCUCACCGGCAUGAACGAGAGCUGCUAUCGGCGCUACUUCGCGUGGCGAGACCGGUUCCGCGUGCGGCUGUUCAGCGACUGGCGAGAGCGCUUCUGUGCUAUCUGUGCCCGGUUCCCCCAGCUGCCCCGUGGCCAGGUCUACCAGGACCUUGAGGGCUGGUUCCAGGCCUGAGCUCUGCCCGUGGAGGGGGGGGAAGGGGAGGGUGGCUGGGGAGCUGGACACGUGGGUAGAGGGCUGGGUGUUGAAAUCAAACCACUGGCAUCCGACCCGACCCCCAUAGGCAACGGCCGGGCAGACGUGGAGGCUGGGGUGGGAGACUGGGAAGCAGGGCUCGUCUGGGCAGCCUGCCUGGAGGAGGAGGCUGCUGGACAUUGGAGCCACUCUGUGGAGGCAGAGGUGAGAGCAGGGAGGGAGGGAGGGAGUACGGGGUGCUGAGGUCCGUCAGGUGGACGGCCACACAGGCCCUCCGUCCCCACCUCGAUCAUAUCUGAGAGGAGUAGGGGCUGCGAGAGGCUGGAGGCAGGGCCCUCGGGGCUGCAGACAUGCCCCCUGAGGUCUGUGGGGGCAAAAGCUGGGCCCCUGACCCAGAGCUGGGGUCUCUUUGUCCCGGAUGUGCAGUCUGGAGCCCGGCGUGCCACCCAGCCUGCUGUGCCCUGGGGAGGGGACACCGACCAAUAAAGACACGAGCAGAG